AUGCAGCUCGAGCGAGCCUGGCACCGUCAGUCUGAUGGCAGAGGCCUGACCAUGGCAGCAGGCUUCCGUGGCGUGCUUCUUCUUGGUUUUCCGAUUGCCAUCCGUGCUGACUGUGUGGCAGGUGAAGAGAGAGGAAGGUGCUUGACAGUUCUCCGAGAUGCGGCGACGGAUGGGAGGCUUUUCGGCAAACCUGGAAAAGACAACUUCUGCAGCUUUGCCUCUGUAUGUUUCGAGAUGGCGUGCCCAAUAAAACCUGGCGCGCCGGAGUUCCCGCUGCUGCCUUGGCCUUCGGAGGAGCUGCUCUUCGGCGUGGAGAGCGCUGGCUCGAGCUGCUCCAAGCUUCUGAACCCGAGCUGUGCAGCCGAGUAUCAGAGGGCCGAAUUGGACUGUGCCCGAGAUCCUCAUAGCAGGAGCAUUUGGGAGGGUGAGACGCAAGGUCUAUGUCCAAGAUGCCAGAAGCUGGUGCGAGCAUACCAUCAGCUGAGCAAGCUCUGCCAAACCGGACGGGACUUCUCCCUGGAUGCCCUGAAGCUACAUUUCUUGGAGAGGUCGGCGAGCGACGACAUUUGGCGAUCCGACUUGACAGCAGCGGCUGCUGCGCGAUUUGUUGCUGAGCGGCGGGAAAUGGGCCAUCGCUUCCAGCGAGAGUUCCAGGAGCUGCUGAAAGAAGCACAUAAGUCCUGCAAAGCGUUGCAGGGAGAGAAGCAUCGCAGACGGCGGCAGCUGAGACAAAGACAGGCGAACAUGCCUGCCAGCAAGGAGGAUGGAUGCGAGGAUGACGGACAGGAGGCUGCCGAGGAGGAAAACAUCACGGUGGACGAUGUGGUAGAGGUUGAGGAGACCUCCCGCGAUAAGCUGAUCCGCAAUUUUUUCUCCAUGUCAACGUUUCCGAAGGAGACUUUGCCGCAAGUCCCAGAGCAAGAGAAACCCGAACUUCUGGCGCCGUUGCAGGCACCACCGCCCGGCGUGCCGCGACACUCAGCCGAGUCGCUGAAUCUGCGUCACAAGGCACGGAAGCUUGGCUUGGCCCAGCGAUACGUCGAGGCAUUCCUAGGGAGAGGGCUGAAAAGGUUGUAG